CUGACAAAAAAGUGGGAGGUUCCCGGAAAAAUCGCUAACCGGAAGGGAAGGCCAGAGCCCAAGAAGAAGAAGAAGACAGCCGCCGCCGAUGAGAGCAGCGAAAGAAGAAAAAGUAAUCUCCCACUGGUGAGGCCUCUUCUUCCUCCGGCACUACUACCUGCCCGACCUGAACGCACCUCCUUCUAGCCCAGAUCCACUAAGCGAAAGCCUAAAGUCAAACAUCCACCCUCGUUCCCCAGCGCCUUCUUUCUGCUUCCCAAUUUUCAACACUGCAACAUGGCAGGGCGAGGUGGACCAGCACGGACCAACGGCACUGCAGCAAGCAAUAAAAUCUGUCAGUUUAAGCUAGUGCUGCUGGGAGAAUCGGCAGUGGGUAAAUCCAGCCUGGUGCUGCGCUUCGUCAAAGGCCAGUUCCAUGAAUACCAAGAGAGCACCAUCGGAGCUGCCUUCCUCACACAGACGGUAUGUUUGGAUGACACAACGGUAAAGUUUGAGAUCUGGGACACCGCAGGACAGGAGAGAUAUCACAGCUUGGCGCCCAUGUACUACAGAGGAGCCCAGGCUGCUAUUGUGGUCUACGAUAUCACCAACACAGACACAUUCACACGUGCAAAGAACUGGGUGAAGGAGCUCCAGCGACAAGCCAGCCCAAAUAUUGUUAUUGCACUGGCAGGGAACAAAGCAGACCUGGCCAACAAGAGAGCUGUAGACUUCCAGGAAGCACAAGCAUAUGCAGAUGACAACAGUUUGCUCUUCAUGGAGACCUCAGCCAAGACCGCUAUGAAUGUCAAUGAGAUCUUUAUGGCUAUAGCCAAGAAGCUUCCGAAGAACGAACCGCAGGGUGGAGCAGGCGCUGGUGGACGACCCAGACCCGGCGUGGACCUGCAGGAAGCUGCGCCGCAGGGCAGAACUGGCCAGUGCUGUGGGGCAGGGAACUAAUUAAACGCGAUGAGUCCGCUGAUCCAACCAAUCUACAGCUUCGAUCAACCAGACCAGAUAUUAUCCAGCUGUCAAACAAUGUCCCUUUUUGGUCGAUACCAAACCACGGUCGGACCAACCACCCUACGAGCAACACAGCACCAAUUAACUGUUUGGCAAACGAGUCCACUGGCCAGUAAACUGCCAGACCCCACUGAUGGUUCCAGCUGACGAACCGACCAACAAAUCAACCGACAGGCUUAUUUACAGAAUCGUGUUUUAACCCCAGGACUUUGCCAAUCCAUGACCUCUCUAUUGAUGAUGGACACUUGACGUCACCUUAGGGGAAAAAAAAAAAAGCCCCAUUCAUGGAAGAAGGAAAUAAAAAAUUCUGUCAUUACCAAUGGCACUAAACAGGGCCAUGUUGCUCAGUUUUGUUUCUGUGUUUGUGUAGAGAAAAAAAUGAUUAAUGCAACAAGAAGGAAUGUGACAGGCUGAUUGACCCUGUUCUUUCUUUUACCCCUCGCUUUCCCGUGCACCGCGAAUUUCUGAGGUUUUUUCCAUCAUGGUCUUACGACACUGUUAAAGCUGAAAUCCAGGUGCAUGCAGCGUCCUUCACUUUUCUGUCUUGUUCCUGGUCCUCCUCCUGGAAAAGAUGAAGAGCGAAGGUUUCUACCAGGAGAUCAGGGAUGGACAGAUAUUUCCUUCUUGAUAGAGCUGUGUAGGUUGAAUUAUCACAUUAUUAUCACUAUCAUUAUUUCAGCUUCUUUUGACGUAUGCUGGUCAGUACGAUUUUAAAGCCUGGACUUUCAGGUUUUACAAUCAUCCGUCUAUGUUAUCAAACAAUAUAUGGUAAAUAGUACUUUAUUAACAUUGUCACCCACACGUAAUUUUAGCAUUAAUGUAACGUCUUUGAAUCAUCAGUGUAAAUUGGCAAAUACAUGAAGCAAGGUUUGUUUUCUCGACCAAAAUCACCACUGUGUAUUGAAAACAUAUUGCUGUAUUUGUAAGACUUUUCAAGUUUAUAAUCAAUCAGUAGUUAUUGUCAAAACGAUAUCUUCCCGAUCUCUACAUGAUGUUUUGUCAACCUUAAUUAUGUUGUGAUGUUUUUUUUUCUUUCUUUUUCUUUUUUUUUUUUUUUUUUUUUAAUGUCUUAAUUUUUUUUCUUCUGGAGAUCUAUGGUAUUAAAUGCACUGGUUCUGUCUCAUCAUUUUUGUGAAUUGCGAUGCUGUCCUCAUCUUUCUUUUUCUGUUCUCUCUUUAUUUUUACCGCUCAUAUCUGGGAGGGAUCUAUUUCAACUGUUGUCAUCCUGUCAACGGCGUCAACAACUAGCACAACAAAGCAUUUACAGCAGGCACUGCUGUUGGGGGGGAUAGCUAGGAGGACAGGGUGGGGUCGUGGAAGAAGGAGGUAGAAGGAACAUGUAAUUUUACGAAUAAACAAGGGGAAGGUA